CCAAAUUGGUAUUAGCAACAUUUUUUAUUUCAAACAUUGCUUUUAAACUCGGUUAAUGGGAUCAGUUUCCUAGUUGUUCCAAAGAUCAACGAAGAACUCUGGUAAGUAUUUAUAACUACGAGUGAAAUUGGGAAACUAUAAAGAUCUAAAACCCACAAAACAGUGAAUUCAAGGAUUGCUCAUUAUUCAAAGUUAAAAGGCCAGACAACUAAAGAGUUCAGUGUUUCGUAAACAUAUUUGGUUUGUGUAUUAUGCUUUGAUAGAAUGAAUAUAUAAGAAGAUAGACUAUCUGGCGAACGUUGCACCUGAAAAUGGCUACAACAUCACCAUAGAAGAAUAGAUUAACCUCGAUUUAGUACCUUUAAAAUAUACACUAAAUACAACAUUUGACAAAGAGUGCUGUAAUCGCGAUGGAAGAUUUGAGUUUCAAAAUUGAGCGACCGCAAGAGGAUUACAACUCGUCGGAUUUAACUUCGGAGAGUGGAGAGUCGGCAGUCGAAAAUGUUUGUGUUUCGUGUAUCGACGAAACCAUGUUCCCCCCAAGGCAAAAACUUCCUGAAAGUGUUGUGAUAAAGUUAUCUGUUGUCGCACGGAAGCUUGCAUUCGCUACGCUACUAUGUAACAUUGUUAUAACUGCUUUCGGAUUCUUCACUUCGACCGAAUCGGACAGCAUGGCCACAUUUGGCUUCGCCUUCGAUUCGUUUUUCGCUGUAAUUGCUUCGUUUGUUUUAAUAUGGCGUUUUUGGAGUGACAACCCAAGCAGCUACGUUGUAGCCAAGCGAGAAACGAAUGCAACCGCUGUCGUGGCUGUUUGUUUAAUUGUUUCAUCCGUGGCAAUAAUAGGUAGAUCUAUCAAUUGCCUCUACCAUAGCGAAAAACCUGAAAAACCUGUAGAAUUGGUCAUCUUAACAAGCGUUAGUCUGUUUGUAUAUUCAGUAUUAUUCUUGGUUAAACGUACAGUCGCUGUAAAGCUAGGCAGCGGUGCCUUGAUGACCGAUGCGAUGGAUUCUUUAUGUGGAGCACUGUUUGCGGUCAGUAUCCUCAUAACCGCCCUUGUUUUCGAGUUCACCGAGAAAGCUUGGUUUAUGGAUUCCACUAUCGCUAUUGCAGUCUCUAUAUGUUCAUUUGUCUACGGAGUUAUUGUUCUUCAAAAAUUGAUAUGCAUACACAUAAAAUGCGAAGAGAGAGCGCUCAGGCAAGAACAAGGAUAUGACAUGCUUCAACAAGAAAAAUCUGCUGAAGAAAAGUAAAAUUAUUGCAUUAUUGGACGAAUUUAAAUUAUUAAUUUCAGUGAUAGGGUAUUCUUACUUUUAGUAAUCUUAACGGUUUGUGCCAGUGUAGGUAAAAUGACAAUGAUAACAAAACUUUCGUACGGUAGGUAUGCAAUUAUCUAAAAAUAUACAAGGACAAGGAGAAGGAGAAAUUCGACAGUUCGAGCAAAGGCCCUUCGACUUUGCCGCCGGAAGUUACGAAGGGCCUAAUUCGCUCGAAACGUCGAAUUUGUCCUUGUACUUUGCAGGUUGUUGCAUCCCUACCAACGGAAACUGGCGAAACGGCCUUUUUAUACUAUCAAUGUCAGUGUCAAAGUUUUUAGUAUACUUUUUUCACGGCUGGGUUUCACGCAUUGUAAUCGAUAUAAUUGCAUACGAUUCGACUUCGUGUUUCUAGCAAACACCACGUCAUGAUUGGCCACACUUUCGAUAUGUGCGUUUAGGCCCAAAGUUCAAUCUGUCAAAUGAGAGGACGUUCACACCUAGCGAUUUCAAACCGGUCCGAGGCCGUUUCGGCCUUGGACUUCUUAAUUUAAAAACUUGAAUGAAUUAACCGGCGAAUUAACCAUGCUAGCUGAGCAAGAAAUUAUAGCUCGGUUGUAAAACAUUAACCGAUCUGAGAGGCGCUCUAGUUUAGAUCGAUCUAAAAUCGGACUCCUUUCUAGUUGUCCACAACUUGGCCCGAAACUGCUCCGAAUCAAUUUCGGAUUGAUUAAAUCGC